CCCUUAAAAAUUGAUGGUCCAUCUCGUUGGUGCGAUUGAACUUCUUCUGAAUAAUAUUAUCAGUUUUGCGUAUGAUGGUUUGAAUUACCGAAACUUCAUUAAUGGCUACUGGCGGAAAAGAUGAUAAUGAUAAAUUUAGUGGGGACGAGAAAGAUAAAUCCCAUCAAAAUGGCGACGAUGAUAACAUUGCUAAAAAUUUAAACAAUGAAGCUGAUGGCUCAGAAGAAAAUAAAAAAUCUACAAAUCGAGAUGAGAACCCUUUCAGUUUUAAGAAAUUUUUAAAAGCAGCUGACAGCAACCACCAGGUGAAUGGUUUUCGAGCCACUCCAAAUAGAAUAACGAAUUUAGAUCUGGCAUACGACCUUCCUGAUUUUGUGCAAGGUCGCUACAACAACUCUGAAUGUGAUAACAGGCCAACAGCGAGCACCAUUGACGGCAAUCUGCCUGAUUUUGCUCUUCAUGAUGCAAACAAAUCUCUUGGUGCUCGGCCGAAGAUUUACAACAGAGUACUGCCGAUGUUUAGCACGCCAACAAACAACAAUGCCAUCAACAACAACAAUGACGACGACGACAACAUACUUGGUGCACAGAACCACGAAGAUUCUCAACCAUCCACCCAUCCAUCCAAUGCAACUGAUAACUGCUCCAACAGUCUGCCAGAUUUCUUAUCUGACAGCGGCAUAGGACCAACAUGCAUUCGAGAACCAUCCAACAAUCAUUCUGAUGUUUUUACCUCUUUGAAGUCCCACAAUGCAGAACUUUUAAAACGUAUUGAUGAUCUGUCACACGCAUUGGAUUCUGAAAGAGAUAGGAACCACAGACUAACACAGAGGUUGAACCGAAUGAAGGAAGCAGAUGCAUUGGCAGGUGCAGAGAAAACAGUCCGGCAGCCAUCUGAAGGGAAUAAGAUGGAUGAAAAGAGUAACGAGCCAUUGCUGAAUCAGAUGAAAGUUUUACAGGACCAAAUAGAAGCAUUGCAGACACAGCAGAGGUCAUGCACGUGCAGCAACAACUCUCGACAACAUUUGGCACAGGCUGCUCAGAGGGUGGUCGGCUCUGCUGAACAGGUUCAACUGCAUUUGAGACAACUGAUGGCGAGUGUGGAUGAGUUGAGAUUGGCGUCGGAAGUUGUGGCUUCAUGUUCUACCUCACUGCCACCACCCCAGCCUCCAACGCAACAAUAACAUCGGGUCUCGGAGGUCUAGUCACGGAGCAAUAUAAUAAAUUCAUUAGAUUCAUUGGCGUUUCGAUGAAAAAACAUAUUUACAUCAUUCAUAGGUUAAUAAUAAAUAGAUAAUGCUAAAUGGCUGUUAAAAUGUUAGAGGAUCAGCGCUAUUUUUGGUUUAGUGAUGCUAAUUGUACAAUCAUGUAAACUCAUCUGCUUGAGGUUUUUGUUAAUAGCGAUGUUAUUUUAAACUGUUACAAUUUAUGAAAUUUUAGAUAAAAAUUUUCUGUAUAAAUAUGCUUCUUAAUCAUUUGUGUACAUUACAUUUAAUAAAAUCUUUAAUUUGAAUUUCGUGA